GAACAGCUGUAGUUAAAGUGAUGACGUUUGGAAUGGAUCGAAUUUGGAAGCAGCUCUAACAAUUCCAUGCGUCUGCUGAUGAGCAGUCGACUUGUAUGCGUGCACCUGAACCGGCUCUGUCUAGGACCCCGGAGGGAAGCACCUAUACGACGUGACCGCAGCUGACUCAGGAAGAGAAGUGCAUGUACUGCUCUCUGGCUGUGUGCAGUUGGCGUUUCUCUGCGAACUGUUUUUGACUGGUUAUACAACUCGUGUGUGGAAUCGUUUAAUCGUUGUGGACCGAGAAAACGACAACAACAACUUUUCAUCUCCAUCUAGUUGCAUAUGGUUUAUACACGGUACAGCUGAGCUGAGCAGUACCAGCAGAACUCGAACGCAAGGCUGUGUUUGUUAGCGGCUUUAGAACCCGGUACUCACGCUGCCUGCUCCCGUGCUCCGUGUUGAUUAACACUACACUUUGAUCCCUUUGCUCCCUGUGAUUGGUUGGAAGAUGGCGCUAGGCGGAUGGAAAUUCUAAUGACACUUUCCAAAAUCGCCUCCAUUUGUACCAUGGGCGCCAAUGCCUCCACUCUGGAAAAAGAGAUUGGUCCGGAACAGUUCCCAGUCAAUGAGCACUAUUUUGGUUUAGUCAAUUUUGGAAAUACCUGCUACUGCAACUCUGUCCUCCAGGCACUCUAUUUCUGCCGUCCGUUCCGCGAGAAGGUGCUGGGGUACAAGAGCCAGCCGCGCAAGAAGGAGAACCUGCUGACCUGCCUCUCAGACCUGUUCCACAGCAUUGCCACGCAGAAGAAGAAGGUGGGAGUCAUCCCCCCCAAGAAGUUUAUCACCCGACUGCGCAAGGAGAACGAGCUGUUUGAUAACUACAUGCAGCAGGAUGCCCACGAGUUCCUCAACUACCUGCUGAACACCAUUGCAGACAUCCUGCAGGAGGAGAAGAAGCAGGAGAAGCAGAACGGACGUCUGCCCAACGGCAGCCUGGACAGCGAGAACAACAACAGCCUGCCCGAUCCCACCUGGGUGCACGAGAUCUUCCAGGGGACCCUCACCAACGAGACCCGGUGCCUGACAUGUGAGACUAUCAGCAGUAAGGAUGAAGACUUUCUGGACCUCUCUGUGGAUGUGGAGCAAAACACAUCAAUCACACACUGCUUAAGGGGGUUCAGCAACACAGAGACACUGUGCAGCGAGUACAAGUACUACUGUGAAGAGUGCCGGAGCAAACAGGAGGCACACAAAAGGAUGAAGGUGAAGAAGCUGCCUAUGAUCCUGGCCCUCCACUUAAAGAGGUUCAAGUACAUGGACCAGUUGCACAGACACACCAAGCUGUCCUAUCGGGUGGUCUUUCCUCUGGAGCUGAGGCUUUUCAACACGUCGGGCGACGCCACCAACCCAGAGCGACUGUACGACCUUGUGGCUGUGGUGGUGCACUGCGGGAGUGGCCCAAACCGAGGGCAUUAUAUUGCAAUAGUGAAAAGUCAUGAUUUCUGGUUGCUGUUUGACGACGACAUAGUAGAGAAAAUAGACGCCCAGGCCAUCGAGGAGUUCUACGGGCUGACCUCUGAGAUCUCGAAGAACUCUGAAUCUGGGUACAUCCUGUUCUACCAAUCCAGAGACUGAGAGCGCUGCUCGCCAGAUCGUUCCAGCUCUGUUCCGCUGCCCGGCAGUCCCUGUGAAAACAAGCACUGAAACGCACAGGGUUCCGGGAGGGAGGAGCCCAGGCAGGAGGGGCGUGGCUUACAAAACGGGACACAAACGCUCAAUCAACAAGAGUGCAGGUUUACUAGCUCAGGUAUUGCAGCUAUUGUCAGAGUUCCACCUCUACUGUGCACCGGCUCAAACACACACACACAAAAAGCUACAGGCAAUCUUUUUCAAACUUUAUAUAUUUUUUUUCACUCCAGCCCCGACCCCCCCCCCCUCCUCUUUUUCAAAGCAGCAUUGAAUUAUUAUUUUUCUUGGGGGGCUGUGGUCUUUACUUCCUCGGAUUUUGCUUUGUUGUUACAUAGGUAAAACUGGUGCAAUGGUGGUGUCCAGAAAAACAAACAAACAAAAAAUACAUAUAAUCUAUUUCCUAGUUUUAAUAGUAUUGAUGUUAGUUCUGCAUGCUAGGGAGCGUGUGCAUUCUCCCCACCACUCUUCUCAAAUCCUUACUGCUUCGAUCCGCUUGUUGUGACUCAUUUAGACUAAACGUCUGCAGUCAGUGCCCACCCUUCCCUCGACCGCGGUGCUUUCUGGAGUAGUUCUGGAGACUUUGUUUAUAACGCCGGUCCCUUGUCCCUCACCCUUCUCAUUGUUGUACAGCGACAGGUGUAUGAAUGUAAAUAGAGCUGUGAUUGCAGGGCUGAAUCAUGGGCAGUUAACUUGACUGAGACACUGGGAUCAUGUCUUUCCCAGGCAAGCCAAGGGGCCCUCUCCAGCUGGAUGUUAAUGUCUUUACUUUUCAGUUUGUACAGAAAGAAUGUCUUUUUUUCUGCUGCUGUUGGUAUUCUUGAUUGAAUUCCUGAUAUUCACUGUUUUGUUAUUUUUGGUUGUUGGUUUUUAUUUCUGUGGCUCAGGAUAUUCUUAUUAUGUUGGAAUAACAUUUUUUGAAGCCCUGGGGCUUGUACAGUAUAUUACAAAUGGUAGGGCCAGAUUUCAAAUGUUAUUGUUCAGGCAACAAUUGGAUUGUAGUGUUGUUAUAUAAUAUCUUUUUUUUCAUUUUUGUAUAUGCAUAGAAUUUCUUGAGCGAGGUCGGGGUCAGGACAUAGGGUUACGGAAACGACAGGUGAAGUGGCUGCUUGCAGGUUCACUGUAUAUACCUCUUAACAAAGCCCUGCCAUAUAUCUUGAAACGGCUCAGACAGCUGCACUGAUUGUACAUUCCGAGCUGCAUCCCCUGUAACACAUCAGCACUGUGCAUUGAAUACACUGAUGCUGUUAAAGCAGUGUGGUGGGUUUUGAUGGCUUGUAUAACUUUAGUUACAGUAAUGGAAAGCAGGGCAAAUGGGAACGCAUCUUCGACACAGCAGCAGAAGUAAAUCUCGUCAGCCUGAGAUUCAUUGUCUUUCUACUGUGUUCUUAUUGGUUGUAGAGAUUCUACUAAGUAAGGUGGGGGGGGGGGGAUUGAUAAAGAGUUAAAGCUGAUCUUUGUUUAGAUUUGUUAAAAUAUUUGUCAUUGGGACUCCCAGUACAACGCUGUCUUACAGCCCCAUCUGCUGGGACAGCACUGACUCGAGUGCCAGGUACUCCCUGUCUCAGUUGCUGCCUGUUCCAUGCUUGUUCCUGGGGCAGCAGUGUUUGCUCGUGCAGCCUCCACCACUGCCUGAUAAUGGCACAAACGGGAUCCCAAGUGCAGAGGCAUAGCAUGUGUUGAAUGUGACCAAUCCCCUUCACAGGAAUAUCUCUGUUUGCUACGUCUUAUAAAGGGCAGCCCGAGUCUCAAGUUCCCCGAUCUAACUGUUUAAGUCCUGUUUGAAUGUUUUAUAGUGCAUGUUUUUUUAACCCUCCUCUGGACAGCCUGCGUAUUGUAAUUUUGCUUGGUUAAGAAACGACAUGAUCGGAGUCGAGCGGCCUCUUCAAACGCCGCCUUCUGUAGCUUGAAAAGCGGAGGGAAUGAAUGGAAAGCUUCCUGAUGACACUAAAUUGAAAAGCAACCUGCGUGUCCCAUCAUCAGUCUCCUCAUCAGCUAGCUUCUAGUGCACUUCCGUUCUUAAGUCUGUUCCAUAUCUGUCUUUUUGGUGCUUUCAUAAUCAGUAGGACAGAAUGGCAAAGUCCAGCCAUUGUGAACAGUUCUUUUUUGUAGCCGGGUAGCUGUUUGAUCUUGGGCAGGCUGGAGGGUUGAUAUGUGACCCUUGACCUCCUCUAAUACAAGCCCACCUACACGAACCAAACCACUAUUUGGCUGGACCAGAUCCUGCUGAUGGACACACUGACAGAUGUGUCUUGCUGUUCGCGUAAAAGGUUUUUAGUAGAAGCUGACCUUAACAAAUCAAAUGGAGCCUGUUAACAUGGGGAUACGACGCAGUGCGUUAUUUCAGUUUUCCUUUGCUGCUGUUCUUAGUCUGAAUGCAGCACAUCGUUAUUCAGUCAGUUACUAGCAGUGCCGGGGUCUGAUCCUUUUUAAAAUCCAUUCCCAAUUCCAAUUCCCAUUCCCUUUUAAUCAAUUGCAAUUUGCAGUAUUCUGUUAAAAUGAGCUUCUCACAGUGGCCACAAGUUCCUUCCAUCGAAGUCACUCUGUUCAAUAUAUUGGCUUCAAAUGAAAGCAGGUGAACAAUCCUAACAAUGAGUGGGUCUCUCACUUAUACAUUCCAGCUCCUGUGAAGGGAUGAGGGGGAUUGGUUUAAAAAAGGAAUGGGAAUUGAAACACAGGAACUGACCCCAGCCCUGGUUAGUACCGUCAUCACAGGGUAUCGUUUUUAAAAGUAAAUAAACAUAAAUCUAUUUGUGUUGAGCCUCAUAUAUCUAUUAAAUCUGUUGCUUAUUUAUUUUUAUUUUUAUUUCGGCCUUUUUUGCGUGUUGUUUUUUUAAACUAGCAGGUGUAACUUCUCGUGCAGCUGAGACAGUGAAGGGGGUGUGAAGAUUAAUCGAUGAACCCCCCCCCCCUCCAGCAAACCGCCCCUCACACAGUGCGUCUGCGCAUUUCAACUGGAGAUGAAUCUAAGCAAGGGCGUCUCCAUUAGCUGUUAAAGGUGGAACUCGUUUAUCAGAUAGAUAGAGGUGUGUUCUGUAUAUGUUCUUAGGGAUCAACAGGUCCAUUAUUUUGUACAUUGAGUCAAGUAUUUCUACAGGAGACAAUGUAUGUUAUUUGUUAAUAUACCAGAUGUAAAAAACUGAAUAAAUAAUAAAAAAUAAGAAUUACAAUAAAUAAAAUAAAUAAAAAUAAUAAUGAAAGAAAAUAUACUCUAAAUUAUAAAAUGUUGCACUUUUGAUACAGAUUUCUAGGUGUUUUGGCAGGUGUAUGUAAGGGUUUGCUUGCAACAGCCUGUUGUGAAAUGAUCCUUUUCUGUUCUAAAGAGAUAAUAUUAAUAAAAAGAAAUAAAGAAAGAAGUAAAUACA